AUGCCUGCCCCAAUAUAUCCUGACCACGACCUUGAGAUGGCUUCCGGCCACAGGAGAUAUCACCACAAUGCCCGGCGACCCCCUAUCAUCCACCACGACACGUCCGAGAGGCCGCAGCCCACGCCAGGUGCUUAUGGAGUGGUCACCUGGGGGCAGAGCUUGCGUCGCUCAGGCUCACAUCAGAGCUAUGCUAGAAGGAGUCUGGCACCACCUCGUCCAUGGAGAAGACCUCGCGGGAGGUCACUCGGCUCUCUCGCGCCAGGACGACCCCAGUAUGCGAACCAAGAACCGGCUACCACAAGUUACGACCCCAAUGCAGGUAUCCAGGGGCUUCAGAUCCAUGGACCCCAGGGCGCCUUCUCGGCUGAGCUGCAACCGCAGACUCUCGGGUUUUGGAAUUUUGCUGAACCCUUGUAUCAAGAGCAGGCUGUCUCGCUGGGACCCCAGCACGGAAUGUGGAAUACGCCACCUCCUGCGUUCAAGAAUAGUAUCGCGCAGUCCUUUCAGCUUCGGCUACCGGGCCAGUGGCCAGGACCGGGGCCAUUCUCCUUCUCUUCGGAUAAUAGUGCUCAGCAAAACCCCCUUUUGAUGAGCGAUACCUGUCCAACCACACUUGUGUCAUGUGAUAACCCCAUCCAAGACGCUCGGCAGGCUUCAAUGGACGUAUUUGGAUUUCGGGACCCGUUCUACCUGGGCAGUGACAUGUCUAGCUCGGGUGCUGGACCCCCUGGAAUUGGAGAACCGCGCGACCUCGGAGCUGGUGAUGAUGUGGCCCAGCUUCCGAUGGACCCUUACCAUCGAAGCCACCAGGAUCCCAGCGUGUCUCCCAAGGACACCCAGAGCCGGAACAUGUCCAUGUACACGGGCAAAGCAACCUGUGACCUGGGAACCUUGGAUUCAUUGAGUAGCCACCACGAUACCGGGCAUGUAUAUCCCGCGGAGUAUCGAGGGCUUUCCACCGAGGGCCUAGAAUGGGCAGGACUAGGAGGUAGUUUCGGAAAUGGGGCGCCCCAUGUGCCAGAGACCCGGAAUCCCUGGACAGACCAAGGAUAUGUUGGAUCCCAACAAGUCACUCCAAGUGGACAAGGACAGCACCUCGGACAGGGACAGGGUGACACUGUGCCCUCGGGAUAUCCCGCUGGCCAUUCGUUGGGAGAACCAGCUGGCCAACCCCCUGAGGAGCCUGUGAGACAACAGACUACAAGAGCAGUGAGAUCUGGAGGCCGAAACGGCCCGCUGGGAACGCCAGAAAGAGAAGCGGCUAGACAAGUCCGAGUCAACCGUACAGCCUGCAUCAGGUGCAGGGUCAAGAAGAUCAAGUGCCGCCCCCCGGCGGAAAGGCACGUCCGCGACCAGCAGCCUUGCGUCCCAGCCGAUAUACUACAGCUCGUCAAGCAGGGCGGGCUCAACCUAGAGGGCAAGUCAACGCCAAUGGCGGCACUCUACGCCUCGCACGGCACCGACGGAAUGAACCCCAACACAGGCGUUUCCCGUGUGCACAUCGAUCUUGUGCCGGAUACGAUCCAUCUACCCACGCUCUGCCACGGUAUACAGCGCCGCAUCUCCGAGGGUCACCAAAAAUUGCACGUCUGCAUACAACCCAGAGCAGAUGCCCCUGACGAGACUCUGUACAAGAUCGAUCUGAAGGGGUGCCUCGCAUGGAUCCAACAGCUUGAACUAGGUGCACCAGCCCGGUCCUUUCGGGACCUGAUUGAUCAUGACAUGCCUACGUUCAAAAACUGGCAAGACUGGGUCUCCUUCAGCGAUGAAUGCAAGAAUGUCAGCAUCAAGACAGUCGACGUCGUCCAUCUCGUGGAGAGACUUUUGCGGUGCAACGAGAUUUCGCAUUUUCAACACUUCAAAAUCGGCAGCAUUUCUUCAGGCCUGGACGACAUUGGUAUCCCUCUUUCGCGCAUCGUCGCCCGAGGACUCGAGUUGGUGGUCUUUGAACGCGUCCAAAACACACUCAACAACCAAAAGAGACGAGACCCCUUUACGCCCGAGCUUCUGCGGGCGACAGGACAACUCACCAUGUUCGUCAUGCGACGUCUGUCCUGGCCCGGCGUGUUUGGCUGCAGGGCAGAUGAAAACGCCAGGGAGGAAUUCGAGAAUCGACUAGACGAGAUCUGUCGACGACUGCACUACCAUUACGGCUACAUCGUGCAGGACAGGGGCGUACAACCGGACAGCGACGUUGACUCGGCCCUUGUCGCUGGAGAGGAAGUGCGAGCGAGAUUUCCCUGCCAAUCGUUAGGAGCGCGGUCACUGCCGUGCGCGGAGUGGACUGAUGAAGGGUAUCGAGCCUGGCUGAACGAGUGCCGGAAGAGUCUGUGGCAGGCUUCACAGUUACCGAAGGACGUCGUGGCCAUGACAACGGAGAGUGGCCACGGUGAAUCGGUACGACAGCGACGAGAGCAAAGAUAGGAAUUGAACUUGGACAUAUCCAGCGACACCACGCACAUUACAGUAGGAUACAUGACAACAGCAGUAUGGUGGGGAAAAGAAAAGAAAGGAAAUCACGAAACGGAACAAGGAACACACAAAUUUGGGGCUUUCUUUCAACAACUGCUCUGAUAGAGUCAAUUCUCGACUUCUGCUCAUGCUUGGGAGGAUGCAUUAGAAUAGAGGGCUCACAGUACAC